AUGAGCAGGGAUUUGUAUCUGCAGGCCCUCAUUCAUUCUCUUAAAGUCAUCACAGUGCUACAGUAUCUGCAGGCCCUCAUUCAUUCUCUUAAAGUCAUCACAGUGCUACAGUAUCUGCAGGCCCUCAUUCAUUCUCUUAAAGUCAUCACAGUGCUACAGUAUCUGCAGGUCCUCAUUCAUUCUCUUAAAGUCAUCACAGUGCUACAGUAUCUGCAGGCCCUCAUUCAUUCUCUUAAAGUCAUCACAGUGCUACAGUAUCUGCAGGCCCUCAUUCAUUCUCUUAAAGUCAUCACAGUGCUACAGUAUCUGCAGGCCCUCAUUCAUUCUCUUAAAGUCAUCACAGUGCUACAGUAUCUGCAGGCCCUCAUUCAUUCUCUUAAAGUCAUCACAGUGCUACAGUAUCUGCAGGCCCUCAUUCAUUCUCUUAAAGUCAUCACAGUGCUACAGUAUCUGCAGGCCCUCAUUCAUUCUCUUAAAGUCAUCACAGUGCUACAGUAUCUGCAGGUCCUCAUUCAUUCUCUUAAAGUCAUCACAGUGCUACAGUAUCUGCAGGCCCUCAUUUAUUGUCUUAAAGUCAUCACAGUGCUACAGUAUCUGCAGGCCCUCAUUCAUUCUCUUAAAGUCAUCACAGUGCUACAGUAUCUGCAGGUCCUCAUUCAUUCUCUUAAAGUCAUCACAGUGCUACAGUAUCUGCAGGUCCUCAUUCAUUCUCUUAAAGUCAUCACAGUGCUACAGUAUCUGCAGGUCCUCAUUCAUUCUCUUAAAGUCAUCACAGUGCUACAGUAUCUGCAGGCCCUCAUUCAUUCUCUUAAAGUCAUCACAGUGCUACAGUAUCUGCAGGUCCUCAUUCAUUCUCUUAAAGUCAUCACAGUGCUACAGUAUCUGCAGGCCCUCAUUCAUUCUCUUAAAGUCAUCACAGUGCUACAGUAUCUGCAGGCCCUCAUUCAUUCUCUUAAAGUCAUCACAGUGCUACAGUAUCUGCAGGUCCUCAUUCAUUCUCUUAAAGUCAUCACAGUGCUACAGUAUCUGCAGGUCCUCAUUCAUUCUCUUAAAGUCAUCACAGUGCUACAGUAUCUGCAGGUCCUCAUUCAUUCUCUUAAAGUCAUCACAGUGCUACAGUAUCUGCAGGCCCUCAUUCAUUCUCAUAAAGUCAUCACAGUGCUACAGUAUCUGCAGGUUCUCAUUCAUUCUCUUAAAGUCAUCACGGUGCUACAGUAUCUGCAGGUCCUCAUUCAUUCUCUUAAAGUCAUCACAGUGCUACAGUAUCUGCAGGCCCUCAUUCAUUCUCUUAAAGUCAUCACAGUACUACAGUAUCUGCAGGCCCUCAGUAAACGAUAA